AUGUUUGCAUUUAUGGAGCAAAUCGAAAAGCCCCCGCUGCCAGCAGGGAGUAAAACAUACACUUUUAUAGAACCUGCAGACUUCAUUGAGGACAUAGAGAGUUAUGUAGCCAAAGCGGAGCGCAAGCCCUUUUUUGAGGAGCCCUUGUGUGUCCUGACUGAAAAAUAUAGUAAUUAUGGCGAAUUGGCUCUCAAACUGGAGCCCAGUUAUGCGGAGCAGCAGAUAAAUAUAGAAAUGACUAAAGCUAAUCUGAAGCUGAUCAAGAAAUUUCAGGAGGAAAAAAUUGAAUUCAUGACAAGGGUACAGCUUUUUAAUAAGGUAUACAAAGAUGUAUUUGUGCCGCCAGUGGAAUCAGUUACUAUUGUAAUUCCUGGCAAUGUUCACAUGCAGUUCCCCCUGGAUGAAGCCGAAAAAUAUGUAAUCAAGCAACUUGGUCAGAUGGUUCAGCAGCUGAAGAUCUACGAACAUGACCUUAACUACCUACGCGAUCAGAUGAGUACCACAAAUCUGAAUAUAACACGUGUCUACAAAUACAAUAUCGCGCGUAGUAAAAGUUCGCAGAAGCCAGGAAAUGUGAGCACUACUUCUGGACAGAAUUAA